CUUAAGUGAAGACCACGCCCUUCUCUAUGACUCCACCUUCGGCCACCUUGCGUUUUCCAGCGAUGGUGUCCCCACGGGAUCAAAACUUUUUCGUCACAGCUGGGGACUGGCUUCGUGGUCCCUGGUGGGAGAGCAUGAACAGGUGGUAUGUGUGACCCUCUUUUGGCCGGCCUACCCUGGGACUCUGACUACGGUGUAUCUUAUCUUAGCUCACCUCCUCCACUCUCCAUCCCAUCUUGGCCUGCCAAAGAGAAGAGAGACAGGGCUUUGGAUUGUAUGACUCGCCGGUCCAGGACCUUGGAGCCUGAGAUUGUGAACGCUGUUUCACAACAAGCAUCAAAGUCUGUGUCAUGGAGGCAAGAGUGGGAUUUAACGUCUCAGCCUAAUGAGGGUACCUCCUGUUCCAACUCAGACUCAGACUUCUACAAGGAACAUAAUCAUGACCAGGACUUUGUGAAGAGGACCCACAGCACAACCAAGAAGUCCCUGGAGCCCUGCUCUUCCAAAGUAAAAGGCGAGCACCCUCUUCCUGUUAAGAACACCAUGCUAAUCCCUGACUCUCAGAAGUUCUUUCAGUGUGAACUAGAGUCCCUCAGGACCCAGUUGCAGGCUCAAACCAAGGCUUUCGAAUUCCUGAACCACUCUGUGACCAUGCUGGAGAAGGAGAGCUGCCUACAGCAGAUCAAAAUCCAGCAGCUUGAAGAAGUGUGGAGCCCCUUAAGCCUCCAAGGAGAGAAGGAAGGCCGUAAGAGGGCUGAAGACCAGAGUCAGCAGGAGCUGCAUGGGGCUCUGGCCCAAGGCCUGCAGGAAUUGCAGAAGACACUGAGGGACAGUGAGGAGCUCCAACAGGCCCGUACCACUCGCUGCCUGCAGCUGUUGGCCCAGGAAAUCCGGGACAGCAAGAAGUUCCUGUGGGAGGAACUGGAGUUGGUGCGGGAAGAAGUGACUUUCAUCUAUCAGAAGCUCCAGGCCCAGGAGGAUGAGAUCUCAGAGAACCUCUUGAAUAUCCAGAAGAUGCAGAAAACACAGGUGAAGUGCCGAAAGGUUCUGACCAAGAUGAAACAGCAGGCUUAUGAGCCAUGUUCAUACCCAGAGGCUGAAGAGGUGCUGGCAGAAGGCAAUUGCACCUGGAAGGAUGAUUUACAGAAGGAGUUGAGCAACAUAUGGUCUGCUGUCCACAGUCUGCAGAACUCGAUCGACUGUCUUGCCUUGUCUAUGGGCACCAGGCCCAGGGCUUCCUGUCUCAAGGGCCACAAGGGACACCUGUGCCUGUCUUCUCAGUACCCCUCCUGGGACUCCGAUUCUGACUGGGAGACACCUUUCAGCAAGAAUGGAUCCUAUCCUCCUGGUACAGACCCUCCUCAGCCCCUCUCUAACCCUUACCAUCUGCCCCCCCCCUUGUGAUUCCCACAGUGUAGGCCUUGAGGCUGGCACUCUGUCUGAGCAUCUGGUCCUUGACUGGCAGCCCUGAGUUCUGGAUAAAGCCAGACCAUGACCUACCUUCUCUCCCCAUAGCUUGAGCAGCUGGGACUGCUUGCCCUGAAGACCCCUCCAGAGAGAAAAUAAACUAGCUGAGACCUUCCUCCA